CAAUGUUUACACUUGACGUCACUAAAUGUGUUUGGACAUGUCACCACAGGUGUAUAUAACACCAGUGGGUCAAUGUUCGAACCUCAUUAUGAAAUUAAUAGCUAGAAUGAGCGCUCGUUCUAAAAACCUCAAAAGGAAGGCGGUCGAAAACACGGCACUGGCCGUCAAGAAGGCUAAAGGAGAGACUGACUUGGCUCAUGGCUUGAAAUGGGCACAAGUCGGACAAGAAUUAAAGGGACUCUGUCCCUUAAUUAGUCUAAGCUCCGAUUCUUUACCGGGACGAACCAAAGUGGUCGGUUUUGAUAUAGAUUUUACCGUUAUCAAAACAGCAAGUGGGCGGAAAUUUGCUACUGGUGCUAAAGACUGGGAAUGGUGGGAUGAGAUGGUUCCUGCAAAGUUAAAAUCACUCGAUGCCGAUGGUUACAGAGUUGUGUUCUUCACCAACCAGGCCGGGAUUGAGAAACAGAAAACAAAUCCAAAUGACAUCAAAGACAAGAUUGAAGAUAUCAUCAAACAGCUUAGUAUUCCAGUUCAGGCCUUUAUCUGCACUGGAACGAAUCAUUAUCGCAAACCGGGCACGCUGAUGUGGGAUUACUUUGUGGAUAACUGUAAUGGUGGUAUCAAGGUUGACGUCAACAAGUCCAUUUUUGUUGGUGAUGCAGCAGGAAGGGCCAAGGCAUGGGCAGCAGAAAAACCCAAAGAUUUCUCCUGCAGUGACAGGAUGUUUGCUGCCAAUAUUGGAAUUAAGUUCUACACUCCUGAAGAGUAUUUUAUGAGUGAGUCUGCAGCUCCAUUUAAAUGGGGAUCACUUGACGCGGAGGCCUAUCUGAAGAUAAAGCCUGUUAACAACAAAACGAUUACAUACCACAGUGAGAGUCAAGAAAUUGUGAUAAUGGUUGGUCCACCAGCAUCAGGAAAAAGUUCUUUAAGAAAACGUUACUUUGAACCUCAAGGAUAUGUGGCUGUCAACAAAGACACUAUGGGAACACAGGCCAAAUGUGUUAAGGUUGCCAAAGAAGCACUUGCCAAAGGGAAGAGUGUUGUUGUUGACAAUACCAAUCCUAACAAAAGUACAAGAAAAGACUUUUUGGACCUGGCAGAAAAGGAAGGAAUUCCGUGUCGCUGUUUUGUGAUGCAGACCCCGCUGGACGUGGCACAUCACCUAAACCUGGUUCGACAGAACAUGACAAAUGGAGAGGUGCGCAGGGUUCCUGAUGUUGGAUAUGCUGUGUACAACAAGAACUUUGAGACUCCGUCAAAGUGCGAGGGUUUCUUGGAGAUAGUUAAUAUAGACUUCACCCCACAGUUUGACAACAAGAGACAUGAAGUCCUGUUUAAACAUUGGACGGGGCAUUAAGCCUGUUAUACUCUGGAGUGGUUGGACCGAUAGGGGACUAAUAAUGGGCUUCAGUGGUUGUAUAGCAGCAGGAGGGGGACAUCUUAAGAUUACCUCAAACUCAGAGGUAAGGUCUAAGAUCCCCCCCCCCCCCCCCCCCCCCCAAAAAAAACCCCUGACAAAUAUUGUGAAGGACAAUAAAGUGUGCAGGCCCAACAUAAAUAUAAUGAUACUAAUAAUAGUAAUAAUAAUAAUUACAAUACAGGUCAUUUCACAUAUUCAGUGGAGGUCCUGGAGAUGAAGAGGUGUUGCAGAUUUACUGUUGUCAGGGUUAAACAGACUGUCCUGCUUUUUGUCAUUGUAACAUGUUUGUAACAAGAAAAUAUUUAGCAACUAAAAUUACAUAGCACACGCCAUAGUAACGUCAUAACUUACAAUGGUUUUACAAGUUCGUAGAGCUAAGAUAGCAUUGAAAAUAUGGGCCAUGUAUUGUAUGCCUUUCUUGUUUAGAAUAUCAGUAUCUGUAUAUUCAUUGUGUUUCUGGUCACUCUAAUGUUACUAUUCAAAAUUGUAUUUUUCCUGUUAAUAAUUUUCUAUGUACAAAAAUAUAUAUAUUCGGAUGU